AAAAGUGCCCUGCAGGAGCGCAAAUUGAAGUACCAAAGCUAAUAUUACCACACACUAAAAGCGCAUCGGAAGCGUACCAGCAGAGCUUUGUCUCAUUUUUUACUUGCACAUACACGGCCCGCGAACUGCACCUUGUUGCUAUUGGACGCAGCGUUUGAUAAUCCAUGUUUUACGCUGAGGCCAUACUUUCUAAGAAGGGGCCGUUGGCCAAAGUGUGGCUAGCCUCCCACCUGGAGCGCAAGCUCACAAAGGCACAGCUGCUGCAGGCCAGUAUUCCAAGCUCGGUUGGCGCAAUCAUAGGUCAGGACCAAGGUCCACCCCUGGCGCUGCGGCUGUCAGGGCAGUUGUUGUUGGGCGUGGCGCGCAUAUACGCGCGCAAGGCGCGGUACCUGUUGGAGGACUGCAACGAGGCCCUGAUCCGGAUCAAAAUGGCAUUCAGGCCCGGUGCCGCCGACAUUACAUCCGACGCGAUGGUGGCCACACACAACGCAAUUACGCUUCCCGAGGCGCUGACCGAAUUUGACGUGCUGCUCCCGUCCUCGACGCGUAUGCUCGGCACAGACGGAAUUGGCGCGGGCGCAUCAGCCCUGAACACAUCGCGCAUCCAGGACAUCACGCUGGCCGAGCAGUCGUUUGACAUAUCGAUGGUCGCGCGCGGGAUCGGCUCGGCGAACGACCUGGAUCUUGGCGAGGAGGACCUUUUGGGUCGUGACGACGACUUCAGGCUUGACCUGGACGACGACUUUGUUUUCUCGCCGCCUGGGCAGCAGCCUGCCACGCCAGGCGCCCGGCUCAACACUAGCGCGUUUGAGCCCGAGCUUGGCCGCGAUGCCAUGCUGGGUCUUGACGAGAGCACGUUUGGCAUGCAGUCGGACCUUCUCUCGCCACUCAGAAGCAAAAUUGGCGGUCAAGGCCAACUGAGCGAGCCGAUGGACAUCACAAGAGAGGAUUUGGGCGCUGGAAUAAGAGAUGGCGAGGAGUGGCACUUUGGGGGCGACAACGACGCCUUGGAAAUGGCCAGUGGACUUGGUGAUGUCUCAAUGGUCCCUAGCACGCAGGAGGCUGCUCUGCAAGCGGCCGAGGCCGAGGUCCUUGUAGCCGGCGCGCAUCCAGAGCGUCUCAGCAAGAGGCGUCGCCUGAACUUGUCCGACCUGGUUGCCAAUGAGGCCACCUCACUUUCCCCCGACGAGAUUCGAGGCCGCUUGCACGACUGCUCAGACAUUGUCCGCGUGCCAACCUAUUUACCGCCGACCAAGGCCGCAGGCUGGAGGACAUGAGCUCGCUAUCCGUUGCAAUGCGGUUUUUGGACACUGCUGGUAGUGGCAGUGACAAUGCGCCAUUUGCGGCGUUGUU